AAUUUGUAGGUCCAUAUGAUUCAAUCCAGUUCUUCAAUAAGCCAAGAUUCCCUAGAUCUUCCAAGCAUUCUUUCAACUUUCUCUGCUGACGAACCUGAAGACGAGCCGUCGCCUACUGCUGUAAAAUCAACAAAACCCCAACGCCCAACUGAAUGCCUGAUUUGUGGAAACUCAGCAAAUGGUCAUCACUAUGACGUGGCAUCGUGCAAUGGAUGCAAGACGUUUUUCCGAAGAAUGUGCGUGUCAGAUCGGAGUUUCGAAUGUAAAGCAAAAGGAGAUUGUUUUGAUUUAACAAAACGAAAAGUGCCUCUAAAAUGCCGUGCAUGCCGCCAUCAAAAAUGCAUAUCUGUCGGAAUGAACCCCCUUGCAAUGGAAGUUGAUGAGAAAGCAGCGUCGUCGUCAAACUUUAAGAAACUAGUGAAACGAGCGCAGGAUCUAGAGCCGGAUGAUGACUGUCAAGUGACGGCUGUUGUUAAUAAAAUGCAAAUUGUAAAACCAGUCGAUUCUAUAGAAAGCAAAAUGCAAAACAUAACCGACAUGCUGGUUUACUUGGAGACAAAAGUUGAAAGAUUUCGAAAAUCCGCGUAUAACCCGCAUUGGAAUGAGUUCAGCGGGCUGGAGUACCUGCUGGAGUCGGAGUGUAGGAUCGGAUUUGGCGAUAGAUUCGGGCCUAUGCCCGGAUGGCCUCUUCGAAGGGAUCAGCUAGGUCCGCCAAGACUACCGAAACCACCAUCCCCAGGGAAACCGAGAGACUCACAACACAGUCAAAACAUAAAACAAUGGUUCUUCUACAAUUUACUGACAACUGUCGAAUACGCCAAAACGUUCAUGUUCUUUCAUCGACUCAGCUCUCGAGACAAGCUGAUUCUAACUAGGCACGUGGCAUUGGCUUGUACGAACCUUCAUAUCUCGUACUCAUCGAUUAGAAGGAAUUUAGAGGUUAUCAUUGAGCCUGACGGAUCGGAACCCAUGACUUUCAACGAUACCCAUUAUUCGGCUUCUGUGAUGUCUGUUGCACCGUUGAUCCGUUGUCAAAUUAAAAAUAUUGAAUAUUUGUUACUGAAAGCCAUUGUAUUAUGUAAUCCAGCCGUCCCCGAUCUCUCCGCCAAAUCCCAGGAAAUCAUCUCACUGGAGCGAGUAAAAUAUGCAGAUGCUCUUUUUAAUUAUUGUCUCCGAAGCCGGUCUGAUGGUCCCCCGCAUUUCGCCCAAUUAAUUCAAAUUAUUGAUGUUCUCGAACGUCAGCAGAGAAUGCAAAAGGAUUUGCAUCUACUUCUCGUGGCUCCGAAAGUAGCGAAAUUGCCAAAGGAUCUUGUAAUGCGAGUUAUAGAAGAUAUAAUGGACUCGUAAAUAUUUAAUAAUUCGAGUUCUCUCACUAGUGAGAAUAAAAGUGAAUAAAUGGGAAAUGUACAUAUUAGUUAACAAAAAUCAAUAAAAAUUACA